AUGAGUAAUCAAGUGACUCUUGAAAAUUCAAUUAAAGUUGCAAAAAAAUUACCUUUCCAUGUGGAAGCUGUGCCACAAAAUAAUGUGUUUGAAAUAUUAAAUGCUGGUUCAGACACAUCAUCGAAGCCAGUAAAUAUUAAAAUCAAAAUAAAAAAUUAUGAAGAAACAACAGGGACACAUGGAAUUAUCUCUGUUCCGAAAUUAGCAUCUGGUCCAAAAAAAGUACGGCUUGUUAGUAGCGAUCAAACGAUAAUGUCAUUUGAUCUAUUCAUGGAAUCAGAAAAUGAAAUAAAAACUCCGAAAAAACCACACUGUAGAUUUUUACAACUUUUCAAACCUAGAGGUUGUUUAGAUCCACCGUUUGGUGAAGACAACUAUAUCUACAAACCAAAAGCUAAAAUGUUAACAUACGAUCAACAUGAGUUUACCGAUGAGAAAAAUAUAGAUAAAAUUGUAGAAAAAUCAAAUUGUGAUUUGCUUCACACACCAAAGAAACGUAGUAUCGAAGAAAUCUACUCUCACUCGCUUAUCACUUAUCCAGCUGCCUUAUCGUCUAAUGAAAAAAUUCAAAAAGAAGUUCCAAACAGAAAUAAGAUGAAAUCCUCUCUUCAAAAUAAAACUAUAAUAUCGAUAAAUGAGUUUUCUGAUACAUAUUUUAUGCCGCCGAAAAUACAAAAUAAACAUGAUACUGAACAUCAAAAAACGGAAGUCGUAAGUUCUAAUAAUAGUUAUGAUGGGAAAUCAGAAAAAUCUUGGAAAAGUCAAAACAUACCAACAUCAUUAUUUCACAUGCCUACGAAUCAGGUACUUAACCAAGGUCGAGAACCAAAAACUUUAUGCACUGACAAUAAGGACAAAAUAUCUGAUAAUGAUAAUGUUGUUUCGGUUGCUAAUAAUUCUAUUACUGAAAUAUCUACUGCAGAUAUGGAAAAUGUAGUUUUGGAAAAAAAAUAUCCUGUAUCUUCCCAAAAUGUUACUGAAACUGAAACUACAUUGCUUUAUAAAACAAUAACUACUGAUGAAGUAUAUACAACAGCUCAAACAUAUCAAACAUCUAUAGAUACAUUAAUUUACAAUAAUGGAAAUGUGGAUAACCAUUCAUUAGCGAGUCAUGAACUGUACAAAUUGCAAUCUCCGAUUAAAAACGAAUCUAUCAUAGAAGCUAAUAUUUUUAAUAAGGCUUCAGCUAAGGAAAGUGAACUCAAUAAUUACUCAUUAAAGACAAAAAGUCUUCAACAGACAUGUACAACUAGCAAUGCUAAUUCAUUAGAACCCAACAAAUCUGAACAAUCUCAACUUUUGUUAGAAAAAAAUACGCAAAGCGAAAAAGUCACGAAUUCCCUACAAAACGAUGUGCAACAAAAUAUGCAACCACUUCAAGAAAAUGCUCAAUUAGUACAGUUCAAAGAUCCUCACCAUGUUCCAUUGUCCCUACAAGAAAAAACAAAGAGUGAAGAUGAUAUGAAUUUACUUCAAAAAGAUAUGCAACAAAAUAUGCAACCACGUCAAAAUAUUGAUAAAGCAAUACAGUUAAAACAAUCUGACCAAUUUGACACACAAUUAAAAAUACAAAGCAAAGAAGUCAUAGAUAACCUUCAAAAAGAUUUGCAACGAAAUGUGCCACAAGUUGAAAAAAUUGGUCAAUCUAUAAAGCUGCAAGAAUCCGAUCAUUUACAAUUCACCUUACAAGAAAAGACAAAUAGUAAUGAAAUCAUUAACUUUCAUGAAAAAGAUUUACAACCGAAUAUGGAACCGUUUCAUGAAAUUGCUCAAUUAGUGCCGCUCAAAGAACCUGACCACGCUCAAUUGUUCCAACAAAAAAAUAAACAAACUAGAGAGGUUGUGAAUGUACUUGAAACAGAUAAACAACAAAGUAUGCAACCAUUUCAAAAUAUUGAUCAAUCAUUACAGCCGAAAGAGUCUGAACAAUUGAAAUUUGACUCACGAGACAAAAUCAAAAGUAAAGAAGUCAUAGACAUUCUUCAAAAAGAUUUGCAACAAAAUGUCCCACAAGUUGAUAAAUUUGGUCAAUCUAUAGAGUUGCAAGAAUCCGAUCAUUUGCAAUUCACCUCACAAGAAAAAGCACAAAGUAAAGAAGUCAUAGACUUCCAUCAAAAAGAUUUGCAUUCAAAUAUGAAACCGCUUCAUAAAAAUGCUCAAUUAGUACAGCUCAAAGAAUCUGACCACGCUCAAUUGUUUCUACAAGAAAAAAAACAAAGUGGAGAGGUUGUGAAUGUACUUGAAACAGAUAUACAACAAAGUAUGCAACCACUUCUAAAUAUUGAUGAACCGAUACAGCUGAAAGAAUCUAACCAUUUGCAAUUCGACUCACAAGAAAAAAUAAAAAGUAAAGAAGUUAUAGAUAUCCUUCAAAAAGAUUUGCAACGUACUGUGCCACAAGUUGAAAAAUUUGGUCAAUCUAUAGAGCUGCGGGAAUCUGAUCAUUUGCAAUUCUCUAUACAAGAAAAAGCACACAGUGAAGAAUUCAUAGAUUUUCAUCAAAAAGAUUUGCAACAAAAUUUGCAACCACUUCAAGAAAAUGCUCGAUCAGUACAGCUCCAACAAUAUGACCACACUCAAUUAUUCCUGCAAGAAAAAACACGAGGUGAAGAGAUCAUAAAUUUACUUCAAAAAGAUAAUCAACAAAGUAUGCAACCACAACAAAAAAAUGGUCAGCUAAUACACCUCAAAGAAACUGAAGAUUCGCAAACUAGUCUUCGAGAAAAAACACAAAGUAAAGAAGUCAUAAAACCACUUCAAAAAAAAUAUCAACAAAAUAUACAUAUAGAUUUGCAACAAACUCAAGAAAGUGCCAAAAGUAUCACAAAUGUUAAACGUGGUACCAAUGAGGUAUUGGAUAAAUACAUCUCGGACAUAAUAAAAAAUAAAUAUGAUGAAGGUGAUAUCUCGAUAUUAUUGUUGAGCAAUAUUGCUGAUAACGCAAAUGCACGUCAUAAAUCAGUUGAAGCACUUGUUGAAAACUUAACUAUAGAAGCUAUGAGUACAAAACAAAAUUUCAGUGAAAAUAAAACAAACGCUGCUGAUUUGAAAAUUGAUAAUACUGUAAAAUCUGAUAUUAUAGAUUCCUAUAAAAAGACAUUGGUGAAGAAGGCAAGUUUGCUAUCGCACAUACAGGAAAAAGAAAUAACCAGUAACGAAGCUACUUAUGACUCGAUAAAUAUAUUGGACAAAGCAGCUUCGAGUAAUGUUCACGACACAGAUGACGUUGUUCAAGGUUUAGUUAAUAAUAUCUCAGUUGAAAUGGAAAAUAUUGGUAUAAAUAAUCAUAUACCAAGUACUGAUAUUUUCCUUAAAAAAGAAGAAACUGAUGGUAAAGAAACUUUAAAAAAACAUACCUACAAAAAACCGAUAGAAUUAAAUAAUCUGCAAGAAACUAAGGAUAUAAUGGAACAUGUAUAUAGAGAUCAAAAUUUAAAGAUAUCUGAGAAAGACAAAAUCCAUAUAGAUGAAAAUUCAUUGCUAAAUAUUAAUUUAGGGUUCCAUAUUACUGAAAAUGAAAAAAACGAAAUUUUAAUCAAUAGUAUUGAUACGUUUAAUCAUCUUGAACUGAAUCCAAAUAAAAUUACUGUUAUUAAAUCUUUGAUCAGGCAAAACGAUAGUGAAAUUAGAAUACCAAUCAAUCAAGAUAUGGACCUGACAUUACAAAUUAAGAAAUCUUUUGGCAAAGAUUUCAUUUCCAAAAUGGUUAUUGAUAACGUAAAAGAACCAAUAGGUGAAUCUAAAUUAAAGAAAGACAUUUUAUUACAAGAAACCCUGGAAACUGUACAUGAAAAACUGUUUCCAUUGGAAAAUAUAAUUCGAAAAUUAAAGCAAGAAGCUGAUGACCUGACCAAACAACAAGGCUUACUCAGAGACAUCUUAAGUAGGGCGAAAACUGAAUCUGCAAGAUCGAUUAAUACCAGAACUACUUGUAACUGUAAUAAAUAUUUUAUGUAA